UUGAUACUUAUUUGACUCCGCUUAGCUGAACAUUACGUGUUGAUAGACACUGGGCAAUAGCUAGAUUGUAGUGUUUUUGUUUGUUUCAUAGACAAUGAGCCUAUAUACCUUAUAGUUCGAGUUAAAUCAAAUAUAUAAUGAACAAAAGAUUCAGUGAUCGGCAAAAUGGAAACUUUUUUGAAAUCCACCAUUGCAAAAGGAUCUGACUCGGUCCAAGACUUCUUGUGUUCAACCUGCGAAGACGAGAAACUGGAAGAAACGGCUGAAUUCUAUUGCGAAUCAUGCGUGAAGUUUUACUGCCGAAAAUGUAUUCUCUUGCACGGCCAGUUGUUUAAAAAUCAUUCGCCUCAUGGAAGGAGUUAUAUGAAUAAAUGGCCAGUUGCCAAGAAGGUGGUAGAUUUCCUUUUAAAAUGUGAUGUUCAUAAAGAAGAAAACUUGGUAAUUUUGUGCAAAGACCAUAACCUGCUGUGCUGCAAUAUUUGUGAUUUCCAUAAUCACAGGCAAUGCAAAACGAUUGUGCUUUUAUCAGACUUGGUUAAAAAUACUUCCACAGACCUAAAAAAGUUAUCAGUUACUGUCCAGUCUACUCUUGCAAAACUGAAGAAGCUUCAAGACAAUCAGGAGGCUAGCAUUCAGUCAGUGCAAAAUUCAUAUGAUGAGCAGAUACACAAGAUACAGGAAACUCGGCAAAAAAUACUUGCAGCCUUAGACAUGCUUGAAAAGAAGACACUGCAGGAAAUGAAAGAUACACUUACCAAACUGCAAGCCUCUUUAAAAAGUGAUGUCGACAAAUGUUCCACUCUUCGAAAUGAAUUAAAACAACUUGGAGAUGCUAUUCAGGACAUAAGCGAUAAAAGCAUGCAAGAACUAUCUCUUAUAGCCAGCAUUAAAUGUCAGGACAAAAUACAGCAGUUUGAAAAAUAUCCAAACUUGAACUUUGUUCAACUAACAUCUUCUAUAACUUUCCAGCCUAAUAAUGAAAUUGUGCAGUACCUUUCCAAAUUGUCAGGUCUUGGGAGGAUUGACCACCAUGCCCAGACAUUGACAGUGCAGGCAAAUCCAAAAGAAGUAAUAAGAUUCAACAGGAAAUUUGAGUAUGAUGUACGCUUAAAAGGUGUAUCAAAUGAAAAGUAUGGCAGUAUUACAGACAUAUGUAUUCUCCCUAAUGGUCAGGUCCUGGUUGUAGACCAGUUGAAUAAAAAUGUCAAGCUGCUCAACCAGCAGUACCAGCUGGUUAGUCACUGUAGUGUAUCUGAUCAACCAGACUGCAUGUGUCAGAUCGCACCCAGUGAGGUUGGUGUUACUUUUGGUUCAGAUGUCCAGUUUAUCAAAGUCAACAACAGCCAGUUGGUGACAGACAGAAAUCUUCAGUUUCCACAUAGAUGUAUAGGUAUUGCCUUCCACCAGGGAGACCUGUUUGUAACUUCUCGCACUGCAUUAUAUAACUACUCUCUGUGUGGGAAGCUGGUCAGCAUAGUGCAUGAGGAUGAAUCAGUAAAUAGGUGUGCAGUGAGCCCGACAGGAGACAAGUUGUAUAUCACUCUCGAAUUCAAGCACCGACUCCUCACUCUGGCAAGGGAUGGAUCAGUCCUUGCCAGUUUCAUGGACCCUGAACUUAAUUUGGCAACAGGUAUUCAUGUGACACCUGCAGGCCAUGUGCUGGUAUGUGGAGAGAAUUCCAGAACUAUCCUACAGGUUGACAGUAAGGGCAUUAAGAAGCUGGCCACUCUGGCUAAAUUGAUGCAUGUUCAUCCGAACCCAAUGUCAGUCUGCUACAAUAGCAACACUGACUCCAUUAUUGUGGGAAUAAGGGGUGACAACAAGAUCCUUGUGUACAAAAUGAAAUAGCUUAUCAUUCUUGUAUCUGAUGUGCUUAUUCAUGAGUGAUAAACAUUACAAUAAAUAUUAGCUGUGAGUCAAUAAGUGCUAUGUUACAAAUAUAUUAUAUUUUCAUUGUCAAGUAAAAGUGAUAUAAGUGACAAAAUCUGUGUGUGUACUGGUUUUAUGUAACAAUUAAUCAAUUAUUUUGAAACGUGGAUACAUAUAUUUUCUAUAACAAUAAUGUUAUCAUUCAUGAUAUUCUUAGCAUGUGAUUUAUUAGAUGUGUAUCAGUGAGUUGAUUGAUUGAUUUAUUUGCUCUUCCAAGUGGCUUCGAUAAAAUUUCGUCACCGGAAGACUUAUUGAUGGAUAAUUAUUACCGAUAUGUUGUCAUUAAUAUAUAGUUUUCACAUUAAAACUAAUUUUUUAAUAUAUUGUUGUUUUUGAAGAGUUUGUAUGAUUGUUUUCCAUAAUAUGGCGCUUGCUUUGCUUCUUAUAAUUGUGUACAUGUAACGGCCUGUUUGUUUUGUCAUUUAUCAGGCGAAGCCUAGAAUCAAAUAACAGCAAAGCUAAGACAGUAAUUAGUUUUCUGUUUUUCAUUCCUUUUCGUCCCCAUUGUAAAAGAAAUAAAGACAUAUUUCGCUACAACGCUGCAUUUUCAGUGGAAAGUAAUAUAAUUUGUGAUGUUUAACUUGUUAAUGAUGACGUCAUGAUCAUUGUGCUUAAUACUUGUAAAAUAUGUGUUUUGCUUUGUUUUUUAAUUUUUAUGUCAAAAAUACAUUA